GUAGUAGUCGCCUGAAGGCAGAAUCAGUCACAGUUUUUGCGUACCCGUUGACGGAUCAUAAACGCGAGCGCAACGCCUUCCAUUGUUGGGCAAAACACGAAAGAAUCGAAAGAUAGUGAAAGUGUGCAUAAUUGAAAAUUGAAAGAACAAAACAUUAAACAAAGCUGAAAUGAGAAAUCUAAUCUACGUGUUUGCAGCAGCAUUACUAUGCCUCUGCGCUACCUCGGUGCAGGGCGAUUUACUCGAUUGCAAUGAGAAAAUCAUACCCGCGCUAUCGGAUUUACCGAUCAUUGGACCGAAAGUGAGCAGCGCUGAGGAAAGCUCUGAGCACCAGGUGCGCGAUUUCUUCAAAAAUGUCGGUUGCCAAAUUAAGAAGGGCGCUGAAAAGGUAUCCGAGCAGGCAAAGAAAAUUGGUACUGAGCUGAAGGAGGGCGCCAAGAAGUUUGGCGAGAAGGCCAAGGAUUUGGGUUCUGAUAUAAAAGAUAAACUUGGCGAUAUUAAGGAUAAAUUCUCAAAGGACUCUUCGGAGGAACUUACAGCCCAUAAGCUACUCAAUGUGGAACUGAUAAAUCCGGAUAUACUCAAAGCUGAGCAACAGUGCGGCCAUGGACAUAUUUUGGACGCUUUGGGCAACUGCAGUAAAUUGAGGAAGUGAGAAGUGAAAACAUAUGAGAGAAUAUUCUUGACUUUUAGGCAGUGAUGAUUAAUCCCAAAGAAUUAUAAAAUUUAGUGCAUUACUAAAAUAGUUUGUAGUUUAAAAUAUACUAUAUGUAGUUUAGAAAAGUUUCAUGAAACUAUAACAAACACGUAUUAAACGAGUAUUCUGAGUCACAGAAAUAUUUGCAAACAAUUGCUUAGAAUGCUGAAGAUUCUUGAUAUCAGAUGAACGCUUUGUUAUUAGUGAAUUUAAUAUUGCUCAGAAAUGUAUGUAUGUGUGUAUAUACAUAUAUUUAGUUUAAGCUCUGUACGUUUAGUAUGUAGGCAUGUAUUUCAUUUUAGUAUACUGAAAACAGGCAAUGUUAUCAGCGUAAACAACGUGUAUAAUAUAUUCAAACCAAAUAAAGAAAAA